AUGUGGAGCCUUCAACAAAUUAUCGACAUCAUCAAGGAGUAUUUCUACGUUGGCAUCCCUUUCGUUGCUCUUCUUGUGAUCUUCAUUAUUAUGAAAUACCGCUCCCGAAGAGAAUUUCAUCGUACUCGGGCUCUUUUAAGAGAGAUGCGCCAAAAUAUCGUGCCGAUUCGUGGAUACAGUAUCACGGAGCUCGGCUUCAAUCGAAUGCCGGCUCGUUAUCGUGAGCCACGUGUGCCAAGCCCGCCGCCAGAGACUAACGAUGAAAUGGGACCUUACAUCACCUACGGUGUCCAUGUCCCAGGAUGCAGCGACGAGGAAAGCAGCGACAACGAGAACAAUUAA